AGAGAGAUGAGAAAUUACUUUCGUUUUCGUAGAAUUUGAAGUGUAAUUAAUUGUAGACAAACAGAGAUAUGUCAGGGCUGAGGAAUCACAGCGGAAGAGAUCAGGUAGCCUAUGGUGGUGGUCGUGGUAGCAGCUUGGUGGCGGUGGCUAUAGACAAAGACAAAAACAGCCAAAACGCCUUGAAAUGGGCCAUCGAUCAUGUCCUCCAGAAAGGCCAAGCCGUUAUUCUCAUCCAUGUCAAAGUCAAGUCCUCCUCCUCCUUCUCUAGCUCGCCUUCUAUAGCCACUCCCUGGACGAACCAGUUUUCCGAUGAACUUCCAAUAGUAUGCAAAGAUCCCGAUCCCCAAACCAAGGAGCUCUUCCUUCCUUUCCGCUGCUUUUGUACUCGAAAAGAUAUUCAAUGCAAAGAUGUUGUUCUAGAAGAAUCGGACGUUACGAAGGCAUUGAUCGAAUACGUAACGCACGCAGCGAUUGAGGUUUUGGUCAUCGGAGCCACCGCCAAAGCAGGAUUUCUUAGAUUCAGAGCAAUGGACAUUCCGGGCACUGUAACGAAAAGUGCACCGGAUUUUUGUACCGUAUAUGUCAUAGCCAAAGGCAAGAUUUCAUCGAUGCGAUCGGCGUCCAGACCGGCUCCGUCUGUGUCUCCGUUGCGGAAUCAGCUUGUCAACCAGUCCAGCUUGAAACCGACUCCUCCGGGAUUCGAGACGUUAAUGGCUCCAGCCAUCACCGGCAAAGUUGAAAGGCCGGGAAUGGAACCGCCUCAGAGAUCAACGGAAUCAAUGGAAGCCUUCCGGUCACCUUUCACCAGAAGAGGCGCGAACGGAAAAUCCUAUGCGGAGCUUCCAACACCGGAUACAGACAUAUCCUUCGUCACCAGCGGCAGGCCUAGCGUUGAUCGCAUAUUUCCUGCAUUCUAUGACAGCGAAUCAAACAACCGGACACCUCCUCGGCUGUCUAAUUUCUCAGAGUUUGACAACAAUUCAAGUGUAGAGUCUUUGCAGCUUGGCCGGAGAUCUGUAGAUAUUGGAUCUCCACCCACAUUCUCUUCUUUUUCCCAGGAGAGUGACGGCCCAUCAGCUUCAUCUUCCUCCAUGGAUGAUGUUGAAGCUGAAAUGAGGAGGCUAAAGCUGGAGCUCAAGCAAACCAUGGAGAUGUACAGUACAGCCUGCAAAGAAGCACUCACAGCUAAACAGAAGGCUAAAGAACUACAGCUUUGGAAAUUGGAGGAAGAAAAGAGGCUGGAAGAGGCACGGCUGGCUGAGGAAGCUGCAUUGGCUAUUGUGGAGAAGGAAAAAGCAAAGUCUAGAGCAGCAAUUGAGGCAGCUGAAGCAUCUCAGAGGAUUGCAGAAUUAGAGGCACAGAAGAGAAUUAAUGCAGAAAUGAAAGCACUCAAAGAAUCAGAAGAGAAAAUAAGGGCACUUGACAAGCUAGCACAAGGAGAUAUAAGGUACAGGAAGUACACAAUAGAGGAGAUCGAAGCUGCCACGGAGUUUCUUUCAGAUUCCCGCAAGAUUGGAGAAGGGGGGUAUGGCCCUGUAUACAAGUGUUUUUUGGAUCACACACCUGUUGCAAUCAAGGUUUUACGGCCAGAUGCAGCUCAAGGAAGGUCACAAUUUAAUCAAGAGGUUGAGGUAUUGAGCUGCAUAAGACACCCUAACAUGGUUCUACUCUUGGGAGCCUGUCCGGAGUAUGGAUGUUUGGUCUAUGAGUUCAUGUCCAACGGGAGCUUAGAAGACAGGCUGUUCAGGAGAGGAAACACUCCGCCACUCUCUUGGCAGCUCAGGUUCAGAAUUGCAGCCGAAAUAGGCACAGGCUUGCUCUUCCUCCACCAGACCAAACCAGAGCCUAUAGUCCACCGUGACUUGAAACCUGGGAACAUUUUGCUGGACCGCAACUUCGUGAGCAAGAUUAGCGAUGUUGGGUUGGCUAGACUAGUCCCUCCGUCAGUCGCUGAGAAUGUAACGCAGUAUCGCAUGACAUCCACAGCAGGAACUUUUUGUUACAUAGAUCCUGAGUACCAGCAGACAGGCAUGCUAGGUGUCAAGUCUGAUGUAUACUCUCUGGGGAUCAUGCUUCUGCAGAUCAUCACGGCCAAACCAGCAAUGGGAUUGACUCACCAUGUAGAGCGCUCCAUCGAGAAGGGAACCUUCACCGAGAUGCUGGACCCGGCAGUUCCAGAUUGGCCGGUGGAAGAGGCCUUGGUGUUUGCAAAGAUUGCACUCCAAUGUGCAGAGUUAAGGCGAAAAGACAGACCAGACCUGGGCAAAGUUGCAUUGCCAGUACUGAACAAAUUGAGAGCCCUUGCAGACGAAACCAUGGACUCGAGCUUGUUUGCAGGUGGAAGUCAAGGAGCAUCACCAAUGCACAGCCAAGUUUCACAACAAUCAGAACAACUGAGUGGCCCUCGCAAUUGUACGCAAUCUGAUAGUGGGUCAUGAAGGGGCUUGCCCUUGGCUCGAUCAAUGUAUCAAGUUGUCAAAUAUGUUUAGUCCUCUUUUUCAUCUUUUUUUUUAAUUUAUUUUUUAUAUUGUAGAUAACCAAAAUGUGUACCGAAGAUUGUUUGGAUCCAACAUGUAUAGGGAAUUGAUUAAGAUUUAAGAUGUAAGAUAAGGUUACAAAUGAGUUUUGACCAUUUUUCAUUCCUAUAUAUAUUGUUUGUUAGUUACCAACAAAGAAAAAUUUCUCAACAUU